AUGUUUCGAUCACGUUGUCAUCGUCCACAACAUAAAUCCGAUUCCAUUGAAUAUCAUACAUCCCAUUCACAAAUAUCGUUUUUAUUAUUACCAUCAUCAUCACAAUCAGUGAACAGCUCAUCGACUAAAUGCUCUCCACAUUUACAUCCAACUCUAAUUACAUUUCCUUCAAACGCCACACUAAAAAUGAUUUUAUCACAAGCAGAUUUUAUUAAUUUAGCUGCUAAAUAUUCAUCAAUACCAGUAACAACUACGGAUGGUAAUCCACAACAUAAUGCUGCUCAUUUUGAAUUAGAAGGCAAAUCAUUAGACGAGAAUCUACAAUUUUCAUCAAUUAUUUUAAUAAAAGCAUUAGUAUUAGUUAUUAAUGAUAAUAUUCAAUUAAAAUUUCAUGAAAGUAAACGUCUUCUGCCAGAUUCUGUAACCAUAGAAGAACAUCGUAAAGGUUUAGUUCUUCGUCUGCCAAUUGAUAAUGGCCAGCGAUCAAAAUCUGCUGAACAAUAUACCUAUCCAAACGAAAGUUUAGAUUUAUUGUUUGAUACAUUACAUGGUGAAUUAUCUUAUUUAACUGAAUAUUUAAAAAGUCAUUGGGGUGAAAGACACGAGUUUACAGUAUAUCCAAUACAGCAAGAAAAACAAUCUGAAGAGAAACAAUGGAAUGAAUGGGAAACAGGAAUAUAUAAAAUGUGUGGUGAUGUCGAUGGUACAGUGAAUAUUGCAUUAGCUUCUGAUUGGGGUGCUGGUACACUGGAGGCAGUACUUGUUGCUAGUUCAAUGAUGAACGGUUUAGAUUUAACUAUUCAACAACAACAAGCUACAUUUAAUUUACCACAUUAUUCUAUACAUUUAGGUGAUAUUUAUUAUGUUGGUUUACCAACGGAAGUUCAACUGUUUCGUGGCUUUGGUUAUUGGGAUUAUUUUUUACCACAACUAGGUUUAUUCAAUCCUGAAGAUUUAACACAUCCUACACAACCACAGAAAACGUCAUACUGGUUACUAGAAAAUGAACAAUGGAGAAUAAUUGGGCUUGAUACUGGUUAUGAAUCAUUUUCGUUACUAACAAUUGAUAAUUUCUCAAUUAAAUUACCACAAGAAUUAAUGGAUUGGUUAAAAACAGUUGUUGGUCUUGGUCCACAAAUGACUGAUAAACGUGGUCUACUGUUUUUCUCACAUCAUCAAGUUAUUAGUGCAUGGGAUGAAAAACCAUAUACAGAUAAAUAUCGUUUUUAA